GCUGCUGCGCUUGAUUGGUUAUUAGUAGGAAGCUGCGUACAGGUGUUACAUAUAAAAACGCUUUACCUAACCGAAGUUCCUUCUUGGCGUUAUACAUCAUGGCAACCAAGAAUGUACUGAUCGUGUUCGCUCACCAAAGCGCUACAUCUUUCUGCGCGGCGGCGAAGGACGUCGCUGUGGAGGUGUUGAAAGGACAGGGUUGUAACGUGGUUGUGUCUGACCUCUACGCAAUGAAAUUUAAAGCUGUAGCAAAUCAGGAAGAUAUAGUCGGAGAGCUGAAGAAUCCUCAGAACUUCCGCUAUGCAGAGGAGAUGAUGCUUGCUUGGCAAGACGGGCGUCUCAGUCCCGAUAUUGUGGAGGAACAAAAAAAAGUGACCGAAGCAGACCUUAUAAUACUCCACUUCCCCAUGUACUGGUUCAGUUUUCCAGGUGUUCUGAAGGGCUGGGUGGAUCGGGUACUGACACUCGGUUUUGCCCACACGUGUGAGAAGCGCUAUAGCCAAGGAAUCUUUCGGGACAAAAGGAUUAUGUUGUCCUUCACCACGGGGUCUUGUGAAUCAAUGUUUAGUUGUAAUGGGGUCAAUGGAGACAUGAAUGUUACACUGUGGCCAAUACAGAACGGCAUCCUACAUUACUGCGGUUUCCAGGUUCUUGGACCUCAGAUCUUCUGGGCCCCGCCCUCCAUCUCCCCAGAGGAGCGGGAGAGCAUGUUGAGCGCUUGGCGAACUCGUCUCCAGGGUCUGUUGUCCGAGCCUGCUCUUACCUUCCCCCUCCUUGAAUGCUUCGAUCCGGGGAUGGGCUUCAAGCUGAAGCCAGAGGUGCACGAGAAGCAUGUGGAUGCUUCCCAUGGCUUAACAGUGGGGCAGCAUUUGGGCAAAGCCCUGCCCCCCAACAGUCAGCUCAGAGCUGGGAUAUGAGUUGGUCUGUAGUGAGGUGGCACCAGGCUAAAGUUGAGUAAACAAAUGCUGUGUUG